AUGGAGCACGCCCCCAAGCGAAAGCAACCUCCGAGUUCCACAGCCUCAGAUCGACCUGCGAAACAAGUGCGAAGACCAGAACCUGCAGAUAUGGAGAAUGGGAGCUCAAAAGGAUUGGGCAAUGGCGUGGUGACCUCUGCUGCGGAUACCCCGAACGGCUACGAUUCGCCUGAGCAGGAUGAGAUGGACGAGGACGAGGGUCCUUUAAUACCGGCCAUAGCCACCGCCGAUACAGCAGAAUGGCAGGCGACGAUUGAAAAGGUCGUGCGCAAUGUCGUCAGCAUUCAUUUCUGUCAAACAUGCUCUUUCGACACGGACUCGGCCAUAUCAAGCGAGGCAACCGGUUUCGUGGUGGAUGCCGAGCGCGGAUACAUUCUCACCAACCGCCACGUGGUUGGAGCAGGGCCGUUCUGGGGUUACUGUAUCUUUGAUAACCACGAGGAAUGCGAUGUCUACCCAGUCUACCGCGAUCCUGUCCACGACUUUGGUAUUCUGCGCUUCGACCCAAAGGCGAUCAAGUACAUGCCAUUGGCAUCCCUCGUCCUGCGACCGGACCUUGCAAAAGUUGGAUCUGAAAUCAGAGUGGUGGGAAACGACGCAGGUGAAAAGCUCAGUAUUUUGUCGGGUGUGAUUUCAAGGUUGGAUAGAAAUGCGCCGGAGUAUGGAGAAGGAUACAGUGACUUCAACACGAAUUACAUUCAGGCUGCGGCGGCGGCUUCAGGUGGAUCUUCAGGCUCGCCGGUGGUGAACAUUGAUGGAUUUGCGGUGGCGCUACAGGCGGGUGGAAGAGCCGAUGGAGCUGCGACGGAUUACUUCCUCCCCUUGGACAGACCACUGCGAGCACUGGAAUGUAUAAGAGCUGGAAAGCCAGUCGAAAGAGGGACGAUUCAGACACAGUGGAUACUCAAGGCAUUCGACGAGUGUCGUAGAUUGGGACUGACCAGCAAAUGGGAGGACCAAGUACGAAAGCAGUUCCCGAAAGAGACGGGUAUGCUGGUGGCAGAGGUCGUCUUGCCGAAGGGACCUGGACACCAGAAGCUCGAGGAGGGAGACGUCCUGUUGAAGGUCAAUGGUGAGCUGCUCACACAGUUCGUCCGCCUGGACGAUAUACUGGACAGCAGCGUGGGAGGCCAGGUCAAGCUGUUGAUUCAACGAGGAGGAGAGGAUAUGGAGGUCGAGCUGAGUGUGGGUGACCUGCACGCCAUCACACCGGAUCGAUUCGUGUCAGUCGCAGGAGCUUCUUUCCACAAUCUGUCUUACCAACAAGCACGUCUGUACGCGAUUGCAAUCCAGGAUGCAGGAGUGUACUGCUGCGAGGCAUCAGGCUCGUUCCGGUUUGACGGAUCAGAAUACGGCUGGUUGGUGCAGUCCAUCGAUCAGAAGCCAACCCCCGACCUCGACACAUUUAUCGAAGUCAUGAAAAACAUCCCUGAUCGUGCCAGGGUGGUCGUGCGUUACAAGCAUCUCCGCGAUAUGCACACCCUCAACACCAGCAUCAUGCUUGUCGACCGCCAUUGGCAUAAGAACAUGCGAAUGGCUGUGCGCAAUGAUGAGACUGGUCUGUGGGACUUUACCGAUUUGAGCGAGCCUCUUCCACCAGCGGACCCGGUGCCGAGAAAAGCCAAUUUCAUUUCGAUGGAGGGCGCGCAACAUAAGGCUGCCGUGUCAAUCGUUCAGUCUUUCGUCCGAGUAUCCACAAGCCUUCCCGUCAAGAUCGAUGGCUUCCCGAAAGCACGAAAGAUUGGCUUCGGUCUGGUGAUUGAUGCGGAGAAGGGCCUGGUCGUGGUGUCCCGCGCGAUCGUUCCCUACGACAUGUGCGAUAUCUCGAUCACCAUCGCCGACUCGAUCAUCGUGGAGGGCAAAGUGGUCUUCUUGCAUCCUCUUCAGAAUUACGCCAUCAUCCAGUACGACCCCAAGCUGGUCGACGCUCCAGUGAAGUCGGCCAAGCUCGCCACGAAAUCGAUCAAGCAGGGAGAGGAGACCAUCUUCUUCGGCUUCAACCAGAAUCUACGACCUGUUGUGGCGAAGACUGCGGUCACCGAUAUCACGACUGUUGCCAUCCCUGCCAGCGCCUCGACACCUCGCUACCGUGCCGUCAACCUGGACGCCAUCACCGUGGACACGUCCCUCAGCAGCCAGUGCGGCAGUGGCGUGCUCAUCGCUGAAGAUGGCACCGUCCAAGCCCUUUGGUUGACCUACCUGGGUGAGCGCAAUCCCCACAACAGCAAAGACGUCGAAUACCACCUCGGGUUCGCAGUCCCCGCUCUCCUCCCCGUCGUCGAACAAGUCCGAAGCGGCGCCAAACCCAACCUCCGCAUCCUCAAUCUCGAAACCCAAACUGUCCAAAUGUCCCAAUCCCGCAUCAUGGGCGUCUCGGAAGAAUGGAUCGAACGCGUCGAGCGAGAAGACCCGCAACGCCACCAACUCUUCAUGGUCCGCAAAGUCGAUGCCGACGCCGGUGCCGCCGACCAAGACCUCCCUCCUUCCACCUCCCCUGCAUCCAACACCACCUCCUUCGAAGAAGGCGACAUCAUCCUCACCCUCAACGACCGCCUCAUCACCCGCGUCUCCGACAUGGACCUGAUGUACACCUCUCCCUCGCUCACCGCGCACGUCAUCCGCGCCCAACAACCCCUUACCCUCACGGUCCCCACCGUCCCCACCGAAUCGCUCGAAACUUCCCACCUCCUCGUCUUCUGCGGCGCUAUCCUCCACCGCCCUCACCACGCUGUACGCCAACAAAUCAGCAAACUUCACUCAGACAUCUACGUCUCCGCCCGUUUCCGCGGAAGUCCGGCGUAUAUGUAUGGUUUAGCGCCGACGAACUUCAUCAUGGCGGUGAAUGGACGCCCCGUCAAGACGAUUGAGGAUUUCAAGAGGGAGGUCGAGGGGAUUGAGGAUAAUAGUUAUUUUCGAUUGAAGGUCAUGACGUUUGAUAAUGUUCCUUGGGUGGCGACGUUGAAGAGGAACGAGCAUUACUUUCCUACGGUGGAGUUUGUCAAGGAUGAGGGGGAGAGGGAGGGGUGGCGGAAGGUGAGUGUCGGGUUGAAGGGGAAGAAGGAGGGUGGCGAUGCGGAUUUGGGGAGUGAGGUUGCGAUGGUGACGGAUGAGGGGAAUGUGGAGGUUGAUGGGGAUGAGGUUGUGGGAUGA